AUGGCCACAUCAUAUGUGACGGAGUCAUUGAUGGGACCGGCUAGUGCACGUGGGUCAUCGUAUACCUACACUUACGAAUCACACUAUGAUAAUCCUCCAGAAAUUGAAGACGAGGAGGAUCGGUACGCGGCUGUCGAGGAUGGCGCAACUCAUCAAACGCACAAGGUUACCAGAGUGACGAAGGUCACGACAACAAGAUCUGUGCGUCAAAUUCCCGUUGAUAGUCCAUAUGCCGAUAUGUACUUCGACGCGUCGGGUCUUCCUACUCCGUCUCCGGUCGCAGAACAUGGUGCACCCAUGGAUGAUCUAGGCAUCAGGUUACAAAAGAAUGAAGAAGAAAGCAGGUCAGCACCUCCUCCAGCACCUCCCUUAGGCAGUCGAUACGUCAAUAUGAGUGAAGAACGAGACGUGCCUGCUGCUCCAACCGCUCCUGACGUGGUAGGAACAGCGAUCGGUGAAGUAACGCUAUCUUGGAGUGCUCCUCUCCAAAGGAAAGGCGACCGCGGUGUCUUGGGCUAUCAGAUAGAACUGCGUGAAUUUCCUGAUGGAGAGUGGGAACGAGCACAUGAUCAGCUGUUGCGAGACACGACAUGUACAGGUUUGUUUUCAUUUAUCAUUUUAUUGAUUGAUUUCUGCGUGCUCAUAAUUUCAACGUGA